AUGGCAAUAUUGCAACCUCGUAUAAUCCUUGGGUUUCCCGAUCUGAACAACGUUGGCUGCAAACUAUUAGACAGAAUACGAACAGCGAACGAUAGUGAGCUCGAGGUAGCAAACGGAAAAGUACGAGUUCGUAAUGCUGGCGAUACCUCUGUGGUAUACGUCCCAUCUUUGGAUAGCCAGACCAAGACUACCACACUCAUAUCGUCUUUAAUAUCACUCUUGUCUGCGAGUAAAAUACAAGAGAUAACAAUACUCGCGAAUGUUAAUACCAAUCUUAUCGAUGAAAAAGUCUAUAGCAUAAACGUAAAUGACGCUGAAAUAAAUCCAGUGAUACGUUCGCAUAUACUAAACGUCUUGAUAACAUUAUUGAAAGUAGAAGGCAUUCCAACAACAUGUCUUUUAUUUCCUGGUAAACGCGUUUCAGGUAGAGGCAGAUUCUUGCACGAGGUCAAAAUCAUGAAGGCGUUAGCAGAUACUCUUGGCAAACUCAUGAUUGACAUUGACAUCGACAUUGACGGGAUUACUGAUGAGGCUGACAUCGAUGAAGCGGUAACAGCAACAACAGAUCAUAUGAUGUACAUGUAA